ACUGAUUCCAUCUCAUCACUACAUGUACAUGUACAUGUACUUACUACCAUCUACUGCUAUUACUUCUCCCUCUUCUCCUUCAGUAUACAGCUGCUACUAGCCGUCUAUACCGCUGUGUGUGCGUGCUUUUGCUCUCGUUCCAUUUGUGCUUGUCUUUCAUCUCGGGCCCCAGCGACUGCGUCGGUCGUGAAAGCGUACCAGGUAUAUACGGAGUAGACAGCCCAGCAGCAUUUCUGACUUGGGGAAAUCGAGUCUCCGCCUCCUCGGUGCCUCGUACGCCAGCGAAACGGUUUUGGUAGUAGUACAAACAAUCUACUCCAGCUGCAGCCAGCCGAAGAGACGUCAUUAUGGGGAGCCAAAUUGCUAUCAACAAGGCGGCCGAGCUGGUCCAACCGCCUCCGGUGGGCGCCCCGUACUCAGUCGCGGUGCCCGGUAGCAAAGUCGAGGGUCGCAGUGCUGUAUACCGUCACUGGAGGCAAAAGGACGGCGUUCUGCACACACUCGACCCCGAAAUCACCACUGCGCACGAAUUCUUCGAGCAAUCUGCCAAACGAGUGCCUAACAACCUAUGUCUGGGACGCCGACCUUACGAUGCUGUGAAAAAGGCCUGGGGCCCAUACGUGUGGGAGACAUAUGCACAAAUCCAGGAGCGGAGGAAGAACUUUGGUGUUGGACUAGUCGCGCUGCAUGAGCAAGUCGGCGUCACGGGCAGGCAGUAUGGCGUUGGACUGUGGUGCCAGAACCGACCAGAAUGGCAGAUUACGGAUCUUGCCUGCAUGUCUCAGUCGCUGUUCAGUGUCUCGCUCUACGACACUCUGGGACCUGAUGCCUGCGAGUUCAUCAUCAACCACGCCCAGCUGACGGCGGUCUGCUCGUCAGUUUCACACAUCGCAAUGCUGUUGAGGCUUGCGCCGAGAUGUCCAACGCUGAAGCUCAUCGUCUCGCUGGAUCCGCUGUCUGCGGAGGGCGAGCUGCCAGGUACCUCGAAGAAGGACAUUCUCAGUGCUCUCGCUGCUCAGCACGGCGUGCAGGUCCACGACAUGAGAGAUGUGGAGGCAAUGGGCGAGAAGUCCCCACGCCCAUUUCACCCACCUCGCCCCGAAGAUACUGUCACGAUCAACUACACUUCCGGCACAACUGGCAAUCCCAAGGGUGUCAUUCUCACGCAUAAGAACGCCGUGGCAGCGGCUUCUGCUUCUCUCUGCAUCAGCAGAUCUAUGAAAGGCGACACCGUCUGCUCCUACUUGCCAUUAGCACAUAUAUUCCAGCGUGUAACUGAGCAUUCGAUACUCUGGGCUGGUGCUGCGAUUGGGUACUUCCAUGGCAACAUUCUGGAGCUGGUUGACGAUUUCAAGCUGCUUCGACCCACCACCUUCACCUCUGUUCCUCGUUUAUACAAUCGGUUCGGUGGCGCAAUCAAGGCGGCGACAGUGGAGGCACCUGGCUUUCGAGGAACCAUGUCUCGCCACAUUGUUGAGAAGAAGCUGAACAGUCUGACUCAACAGCCAGCCGGCAAGGCGACUAACACGCAUUUCUUGUACGACCGCAUCUGGGCCAGGAAGGUCUCUGCAGCACUCGGACUAGACCGGGCCAAGACGAUGAUUUCCGGCUCUGCUCCGAUCGAUCCUGGUCUGCAGCAGUUCCUCCGAGUGGUCUUUGCAAACAACUUCUUCCAAGGUUAUGGUUUGACGGAAACAUAUGCCAUUGGGACUGCACAGCUGGAGGGCGACAUGAGCGCUGGCAACUGUGGUGCUGUCGCUACAGCAACCGAGCUGUGCCUUCUCGAUGUGGCAGAUAUGGACUACCUCUCCACCGAUAAGCCCAAUCCGCGUGGUGAGCUGCUCAUUCGUGGACCCACGGUAUUCAAGGAGUACUUCAAAAACGAGGAGGAGACCAAGAAAGCGUUCACCGAAGAUGGCUGGUUCAAGACGGGCGAUAUUUGCGAGAUUGACGAAAUGGGACGGUUCAAGAUCAUCGAUCGUCGCAAGAACGUGCUCAAGCUCCAGCAGGGCGAGUACAUUUCGCCAGAGCGCAUUGAGAACGUCUACCUGGGCAACCUCCCCUUCCUCGGGCAAGCAUACGUCCACGGCGACAGCACACAGUCCAACGUGGUUGCCAUUUUUGGAAUUCAGCCCGACCUCUUUGCGCCUUGGGUGGAGAAGGUACUCGGGAAGAAGAUGAAUCCCACCGAUCUCCCGGCACUCGAAGCUGCUGCUGGUGAAAAGAAGGUUCAGAAGGCCGCUCUUCGUGAGCUCGCAAAGGUUGGCAAAAAGGCCAAGUUCAACAGUUAUGAGAACGUGAAAUCGGUCAGAUUGCUGCUAGACCCUUUCAGCAUCGAGAACGAGCUCUUGACCCCCACAUUGAAAUUGAAGCGACCACAGACCGCCAAGAAGUACAGACAGUUGAUUGACGAGAUGUAUGCUGAGAUCGAGGCAGAGGCGACGCCAAGGUCGAAGUUGUAGAUGAAUAUAUAUUAUCCUAUGUUUUAUUGCACAGACCAGAAUUGAAGAUACUUGUCCACCUUCUCUGUAAACGUCCUGCCACCUCGCUGAGGACCGUCGAUCUAGUAGGUUGCUGGGAGCUGAGACACUCGGCCUCCGUCCGUGAGCAUAUUCAUCCCAUUCAAGUACCCACCGGCUCUGCUAGCCAUGAACAGAAUAGUGCCCGCAAAGUCCUCUUCUGAUCCUGUUCGCUCGGCCGGUGUGGUCUUGGCGUCAAUCACCUUCGCACCCUCGUACGCUCCUUGACUAUUGCCAUGUGCGCUCUUCGAGUUCAUUUGCUCAGUCGUCAUUUCUGAAGGAUACAGCCCUGGGUUGAUAGCAUUGACGCGGAUGUGAAACUGAUUCGUUGCGAAGGCUGUCGAAAGCAUCUUGACAAGAUGAUUCACAGCAGCCUUGGAGGCCGAGUAUGCAAAGCCGACACCCAGGGAGCGUGAGAAGCCCGCUACGGAGGACGUCACAAUGACCUGUGAUUCCUGGGGAACGUUUCGCUUCUGAUUUCCAGCAUCCAACAACUCCAUAAAGGCUAAUACGGUGUAGAAGACGCCUGUCGAAUUCACAUGCGAAGUCCAAUCGAAGUCUUCGACAGAGGGCUCGAAUAGUGCUUGCGAGUACUCCUUGACAGUCUUCUUGUUGGCUACAGCCGACGCAUGUGAGGGACCCAUGACGCCGGCAUUGGCGAAGAGCAAGUUUACGUAGCCUUGCUCCUGCUGGAUCUGGUCGACGACCUUCUUGAGUGAUUCCUUAUCGGUAACGUCACCGACAAUGGGCUUGAUGGUGCCAUUCUCUGCCGAAGCAGCAGCUGUUUUCAAGGUGUCCUCACGCCGGCCGAUAAUGUAGACUGCUUUGGCUCCAUUGGCAUCGAGUGCUCUCGCGGCGUACAGUCCCAGGCCACUGCCGCCACCAGUGAUGACUGCUACGAGGCCAUUGACGUUGAAGAGAUCCUGAAUCUUGUUGGCAACAGGCAUUGUCGCGGUAUACGUUAACUUGGUCAGUGAGC